AGGAGAGAGCAGCAGCAGCGGCGGCGGCGGCGGCGGCGGCGGCGGAGGCGCCCGGUCCCGGCCGCGCGGAGCGGACAUGUGCAGGCUGGGCUAGGAGCCGCCGCCUCCCCCCCGCCCCGCGAUGUAUUCAGCGCCCUCCGCCUGCACUUGCCUGUGUUUACACUUUCUAUUGCUGUGCUUCCAGAUUCAGGUGUUGGCAGCCGAGGAGAACGUGGACUUCCGCAUCCAUGUGGAGAACCAGACGCGGGCUCGCGAUGAUGUGAGUCGGAAGCAGCUGCGCUUGUAUCAGCUCUACAGCAGGACCAGUGGAAAGCACAUUCAAGUCUUGGGCCGCAGGAUCAGUGCCCGUGGCGAGGACGGGGACAAGUAUGCCCAGCUCCUAGUGGAGACAGAUACCUUCGGGAGUCAAGUCCGGAUCAAGGGCAAGGAGACAGAGUUCUACCUGUGUAUGAACCGAAAAGGCAAGCUCGUGGGGAAGCCUGAUGGUACUAGCAAGGAGUGCGUGUUCAUUGAGAAGGUUCUGGAAAAUAACUACACGGCCCUGAUGUCAGCCAAGUACUCAGGCUGGUACGUGGGCUUCACCAAGAAGGGGAGGCCUCGCAAGGGUCCCAAGACCCGGGAGAACCAGCAAGAUGUGCACUUCAUGAAGCGUUACCCCAAGGGACAGGCUGAGCUGCAGAAACCCUUCAAGUAUACCACGGUCACCAAGCGUUCCCGGCGGAUCCGCCCCACUCACCCCGGCUAAGUCCGGCCACACUCACCCCUAGAGAACUACAUCAGAGGAAUAUUUUUACAUGAAAAAUAAGGAAGAAUCUCUAUUUUUGUACAUUGUGUUUAAAAGAAGACAAAAACUGAACCUAAAGUCUUGGGGGGGGAGGGGUGAUAGGAUUCUACCGUUGACCUGAACCCCACGACAAAGGACUCCCAAAAGGGGACUGCUGUCAACCCACAGGUGCUUGCCUCCCUCUAGGGGGUGACAACUCAAAACUCAUCCCCAGAGGAGGACUUGAAUGAGAAAACUGACACUGCGAGAAACCAAAGUCCUUUCCCCAAAGGUUCUGAAAGCAAAACAAAAACAAAAAACAGAAAAAAAAAAAAAAGGAAAGUAGUGCCCCUCCCCACCCCUCUCCCUGCCCUAGACUCCAACAAGAAUCGCUCUCUGGUUUGCAGUCAUUUAUUUAUUGUCCACUGCAAGCUGUCCCGCGACACCGCGCAGGGAAGGCGCCCCUGAGAAUUCUCCGCGCCUCGACCUUCCGACGACAGACGCCUCGUCCAAUCAUGGUGGCCUGCCUUGCCCGCAGUUCUGGAGGAUGCUGCUAUGGACCUUCCGUGACUCACGUGACCUAGUACACCAAUGAUAAGGGAAUAUUUUAAAACCAGCUAUAUUAUAUAUAUUAUAUAUAUAAGCUAUUUAUUUCACCUCUCUGUAUAUUGCAGUUUCAUGAACCAAGUAUUACUGCCUCAACAAUUAAAAACGACCCACAAAUUAUUUAAAAAA